GUGGACUGAGGAUGAGAAGUCUCUGUAGGUCCCCAUGCCAUGUUGGUGACCUUACUGAAGACGUACUCACUAUGGUAAUCAGAAGUACAGUAUUGACAGGCAGCCUCUAGACACGUCGUCUAGUGAUUAUGAAGGCACCUUUGUCCUUUUUGGAGCGAUGCUGACCUCCGUUUCCUGGACCCAUUGUGACUCAGCAGGGAAUUGGAGUCAUCUUCUGGCUGCCUUUGGAUCAAAAUGAACUCUCAGUUCGUCCUACAGCACCAUGUUUGCCUGCACACUGGCAUGCUUCCUGCCAUGAUGAUAAUGGACCGAACCUCUCAAACUGAGCCUUCACGUAAAUGGGUCCCGUCAUGCCUGCCAGUAAGAAGCCCGAGAGCUCAGGAAUCAGUGUGUCCAGUGGACUGAGUCAGCGGUACCGGGGCAGUGGUUUCUCCAAGGCCCUCCAGGAAGAUGAUGAGCUCGACUUCCCUCUGCCUGACAUCAGAUUAGAAGAGGGGGCCAUGGAAGAUGAGGAGCUGACCAACCUGAACUGGCUACAUGAGAGCAAGAACUUGCUGAAGAGCUUUGGGGAGUCGGUCCUCAGGAGUGUCAGUCCCGUGCAGGACCUAGACGACGACACCCCGCCAUCCCCUGCCCACUCGGACAUGCCCUACGAUGCCAGGCAGAACCCUAACUGCAAGCCCCCCUACUCCUUUAGUUGCCUCAUCUUUAUGGCCAUCGAGGACUCUCCGACCAAGCGCCUGCCAGUGAAGGACAUCUACAACUGGAUCUUAGAACAUUUCCCAUAUUUUGCAAAUGCACCCACUGGAUGGAAAAACUCAGUGAGACAUAAUUUGUCAUUGAAUAAGUGUUUCAAGAAGGUGGACAAAGAGAGGAGUCAGAGUAUUGGGAAGGGGUCAUUGUGGUGCAUAGACCCAGAGUAUAGACAAAAUCUAAUUCAGGCUUUGAAAAAGACACCUUACCACCCACCGCCGACUCCUCAGUCUUAUCAAAGCACGUCAGGCCCACCCAUCUGGCCCGGCAGUACCUUCUUCAAGAGAAAUGGAGCCCUUCUGCAAGAUCCCGACAUUGACGCUGCCAGUGCCAUGAUGCUUUUGAAUUCUCCCCCUGAGAUACAAGCAGGUUUCUCGCCAGGAGUGAUACAAAAUGGAGCGCGGGUGCUGAGCCGAGGGCUGUUUCCUGGCGUCCGGCCGUUGCCUAUCACUCCCAUUGGGAUGACGGCAGCCAUAAGGAAUAGCAUCACCAGUUGCCGGAUGCGGACUGAGAGCGAGCCGCCAUGUGGCUCCCCAGUGGUCAGUGGCGAUCCCAAGGAGGACCACAACUACAGUAGUGCCAAGUCCUCCAAUGCCAGGAGCACCUCUCCUACCAGCGACUCCUCCUCCUCGGCCGACGACCAUUAUGAGUUUGCCACGAAGGGGAGCCAGGAGGGCAGCGAGGGAAGCUUCCAGAGCCAUGAGAGCCACAGCGAGACGGAGGAGGAUGAGAGGAGAGCCGGCCAGAAGGAGGGCACGGAUGCCCUGGGGGACAGCGGGUACGCGUCCCAGCACAAGAAGCGCCAGCACUUCGCCAAGGCCCGGAAGGUCCCCAGCGACACGCUGCCCCUCAAAAAGAGACGCACAGAGAAGCCGCCGGAGAGCGACGAUGAGGAGAUGAAGGAGGCGGCCGGCUCGCUCCUGCACUUGGCAGGGAUCCGGUCCUGUUUGAACAACAUCACCAAUCGGACGGCCAAGGGGCAGAAAGAACAAAAGGAAACCGCAAAAAAUUGAAACAAGUCUCUGAUUUGUUUUGAACUUACGGCCAUUUGGUUUCAGCAUGUCAGGAGAUUUCUAAUGAUUUGUGGCAAUAUCAGCAAUUUUUUUUCUUUUUCUUUUUUCCUUUUGUUGGUUUGGUUUUCUUUUCUUUCCUUUUUUUUUUUUUUAAUUUACCCCCCACUCCUUUGGUUUUUGGACCCUUAAGAAUUUUCUGUUUAAAGGAGAUUGAAGCCAUAGAAACUCAUAUCGACACUCAGCCGUUUUACAAAAGCUUUUCUUUAUCUGAAUACAAAAACCGAAAGAAAAAAAAAAAGCCAAAAUUAACCAUUGCUUCCUGCAGCCUGUCAGAACCCUGUGGCUAAGCCACAGGGGUGUCCAUGUUAAUGCCACAGGAGCAUCAAGCACCACCUAGGCCGCACGCACAGAGUCCCCACGGCUCAGCCCAACCCUGAGAUUUAAGAAGUCAAUGGUGUCUGGAGUGAGACUGGGAAGCAGAGGCUGAAGAGCCCAUGUCCCCUAGGAACAGAUUAUCCCCUAGGGGUAACCCCGUGCUCUGGCCCUGGCAUCCCACCACACCAGAAAUGCCCGCAGCAUUGCUGUGUGGCAAGCCCAGGGUCUGACUGCCAGUCCUCUGCAUUUCUCAACCUUGAGCCUGGUAACAUCUCCCAAGUUGCAUACCAGACUGUUCUGGGUGUAUUAGGUGUCAGUGACUGAGGAGGGAAAACAGGGAUCCUUAGAGCCAUUGAUAACCACUGAAUUCUGCUCUAUGUUAAAUUAGGAAAACGUUCCAAAAGCCAUACGCCUGAAGGUUGGUCCUAUGUGUGUGUGUGUGCGCACACACACACACUCACACACACACACACACACACGACUUAAAGGUGAUGCAGAAAACAGGCUGUGCCCUCUUAACUGCCCAAGAAAUGGCAGUAGCUGUUAAGGAAAAAUGGUACAGAUUUUUUCCUCCUAAAUAAUCUGAUCCAAGUUGGGGGGGGGGGGUGCUACAGAAACUGCCAUUAGUAUUAUGGUGUCUUUUUAUGAGGUUAAAGGCACGUGGAUGGACUCAAAAACGCAAAAACGUGACAAACAAUUAAACUCCUGCACUGUCCUCAAAAAGGGUUUGCAAUUAAUAUCAGUACUCAUUUUUGCAACAAAGAAAAAAAAGAAAAGAUCUGUGAUUUUUCACGUUCAGCCAGUGUAGCCAGCAGAAAUUUCUGAUCCACAAACGCAUGGAUUUCUUUGAAGACAAAAAAAAAGAAAAAGAAAAAAAAUCCACAAAAACAAACUUUUUUUUAUUCAAAAUAACAAAGUUCUUGUAAGGUAAAUAAUGUAUUUAGCAUGAAGCAUGAAUUAUUUUCAUAUAAAUAUAGAAAAUAGAGAGAAGACUAUGCCUCUAAUUUUUAAGCCCUUAAGCUUAGAGGCCCUUUGUUCUUUUUCUUUCUUUUUUUCCUUUUCUUUUUUUUCUUUUUUUUUUUUUUUGUUAUUAUUUUGUUUCUUUUUUGUUUUUGUUUGUUGUUUUUGUUUUGAAGCAGGUGUUUAAGGUUUAACCUUCUUCAGGGACAAAUUCUGACUGUUGGGGAACUUACUCUGCAAUAUAAAUUAUCUUCAUGCUCUGGUAGGGGCUUGGCCGGUUGAGCUCUCUACUGCCUUGUCUGCACUCAGCCCCGACCCCCUCUGAUUCUCUACUGAAGAGUGUGUCCUUCCCUAUGUCUGUAUGUGUUUAACAUGACGCAAUAAUCCGAGGGCAAACUUAGUGUGUACGAUAGAAUCAGGAGAGUUAUGGGACGCUUACUUGAGGAAAGUCCUUACCGUGAUCUGGUUCUAGGAAAAAGUCAAUGGAUAUAAUUAUGCAAAUUCGCCAGAGGAAGGGGAAACAUGCUAAUGGGCCUUACUGGGUGAGGGUAAGAGAUGGGUACAUGGGUAGGAGGAAGUUCAUGAUGGAGGGGUGGGAUGGGGCAGCCCCGCCCGCGCGGCCUGCUGUGCCUUCGCAGUGAGGAGGGGGCUGGCCAUCCCUGCCACUUCAGCACAGUAGCCACCUUGGGACUAAGACCACCUGGAUAGUGAGAGCUGGAGAGCUGAACACCACAUCACACAGGCCAGAAACUCCAGUUACCUUUGCCAAACAAACAAACAAACAAAAAAAUCAAAAAAAAAAGUUUUUCCUUGAGAUCUAAAGAGAAAACCCUAAAACAAUGUGGCCUCUGGUCCAAAUGGACAGAACUUUUAAAAAUAAAAACACAACCGUGGCUCAGGGUCAGAUGUUUGGAAGAGAGAGGAAACUAAAGUGACCUUGAGCUCUUGAAACAGGGCAGUAGUGGGCCUUUAAUGCCAUGUCCAUCUGUCUGUCAGUACCAGGUACCAUGGCGGCCGCAGCCGUCUGAAAGGACAGGAGUCUGGAAGGUUAUCUGGUGCAUUUCCCCCUACCUAGCCUGAGGGCGGCUCCCACUUCAUGGCUGGCCAGAUUUCCUCCCACAUGGCCCACAGGCGGGGCUCUCAGCAUGGGGGUUCAGGGUUAGAGGAGAGCACGCAUGUGUUCUGCACAAACCCCUGACACCCUACAAGCCAUCCACAGCUCUGGAACCCUGAGCCACGCUUUGGUUUCCGCUGUCACCUUACAAGUCCAGAAGACCCCACCCCCACCCCCAAGAUGUUCAAACUCAGACCUGAAGGUAAAGGUAGCACUGGCGCCAUUUCUGGCAGGGGACUUCUUCCGAUGAGAACCCCACUCGGGCUGUCUGCCCUCGUUUCAUUUUUUUCUGAAGGGGCAGAGGCCUCUUUCAGAGGUAACAAGAUGCAGUGUGUGUGUGAUUUACUUUUCCGAUCUCGCUGAGAUCUGAAAAACUCUCUUAUACAAGUGUGUUCUGAACCCCAGAACCACUCCGUUUGCAUAAAUACCUCAUUGGGCAGCUUUCUAAGUGUUAUUUUCCUGAGCCUCCCUCGGCACCUUUGUUGGAAUUUUCUGGAAGACUUGUUGGGGAAACUUUAGUAAGGGUACUUUUUUCUAUUUUCCUUCUGUUUUGGGCGGCAUACACAUUUAUGCGGCACCAAAACAAUGGCUCAAUUGUGUUUAACUCUGUAUUUUGACUGUUGAGGCGAAAACUAAGUCAUCCUUGUGUUUGUGGCUGUCCGUGUCCUUAACAAGCCAAGGGGCAGGAGACACCCUCUCUUUCCCCCUCCCCCAAGAGCAGUAGAGAAUUUAAGCACAAGCCUAUUUGUGAAAGAAUAUUUUGCUUAAGUGUAAUUCCUUUAGUGCUGGACUUCCUUCCCAAAUGUCAGGUGUUCUUCUAGCUUUCAAACUAGCCUGUGUAUCCAUUAGUCUGACAGAUCGCCUGAGCAAUCGUUAAAGGGAUGUGGUGUUUUGUUGUUUUUUUUUUUUUCCUUGCAUUUCUCCUGUGGGGAGAAGUGUCUGUUCAUGUUUCAUUCCCAGUAUCUCACGGACUCACAUGGGGUGGGGGUGGGGGGUGGGGAACUAUAGCAAUAUUUACAGAUGCUUUGGGAACACAUCAGCACCGUUACAUAUAACAACUACUGGCUAUUGGCCCUCAGACACAUUUAAAGAGAAGAGAGAGACUCACUCGCUUUCUUUUCUCAGGUGAUACUCAUAUCAGCAUUUUUAUCCUGCUCCUCACAGUCUUUCCUCCUUCUCUAGUACUUUUUGGAAAGGGUCUGCACCGUACGUAGGUUUUCGUUCUAAUAUAUCGCCAAGCACCUACUUCCCCGGCAUCUCCAGUCAGUAUGUUUGUCAAGAGUUCUUCUAGUAAAGCUGGCUCUCUGAAAGUAAAGCUAAACCAAACCCACACUGGGAUUGUGGUGAAAGGAAACCGUGGUCAGGGUGCCUGGGGCAGAUCUCCAUCUUGGGGCUGAGUGUUAGGAGGAGGAAUGGGUUGGUGGCCUCUCCCAAGAGCAGGUUUUUCCUGUAGAGUCAUUAGCAUGUCUAGUACCUCCUAUUCUUAGCAGUUCCUGCCACGGAGCUUUCUUGAAGGACUAUUGCAUUCUGCGCAGCCCAAGCAAGAGAUGGGGUGGUUUUGGUGCCUAGAGUCCCAACAGCAGGCCCAUGUGCAAUGUCCCAAGCCACCAAUUGGGAUUUUAUUGAUGCCACUCCAACCUCUGGACUCUCCCUUAGGGGUGGGAGUGGGGCUCGGACAUGAUGCUAGAGCCAGAGUUAGGGACAAGUGAUCGGAAUGGAACAUUUUCCCAUCUAUGGGAUUAGACUAAAUUCAGUGUGAUUUCUCUUUCCCCUUUCAAACCUUAUUCAGGAUGGGACUCAUUUCUUUCUGGUGGAUCACAGCUGCCCAGAUGUGUAGACUGAAUUCUUUGUUCUAUAGAGAAGUCCUUUUCUUUCAUCUUCAGCAGGGUUUUUAUUUUAUUUUUUUGCCACCAAAAGAAAACAUUGGAGCAUUCAUCCCCUCUUGAUCGUGACUUUCCAGUGUUGACAGUUCAGUUAUUUGUGUUGUAGGUCCCAGCCCACCAGUACUAUAUCAAACACUGUUAGGCACAUGAUGCAGCACUGUGAUCUAAUUUAAAUAAUACUUUUUUAUUAUUUAUACUACUAUAUAUAAUAUACAUCAACACUUUUGCUAUAUAACCUAAGUGAUAAACCCUUUUUUUUUUUUUUUGGUUACCUGUCAGACUUUAGACUUUGGUUUCUAUUGCAGUUAACACAGUUACAGAAUUGUAAUGGUGUCUUGUUUUUUUUUUUUGUUUGUUUGUUUGUUGUUUGCUUUGUUUCCUUUUUUUCCUUUGUAACGGAAUGUGUAAAUCAAAGUAUAUACAUUGUGUGGUGUUCCUGUUUCUUGGGAUGUCAUGAGGAGUUACACACAGCAUUCAGUGUUCUGUAUAGACCUGCCCACCUUUGUGAAUUCAUCUGUUAACUCCUCCUCCUCCUCCUCCUCCUCCUCUGAGAGCGCGCCAGCCAUGGUGGCUAACUCCCAGCGUCCUCUCUCCUGCUGGCUAUUCUUGAAUUAAGCACAGACUCUUCCACUCGGUUGCUUUGUCAUGAAUAAUGGGUGUGACUUGGUACUCUUCUACCCUUCAGCAAACAAGUGCUAGCCUCACUGACCAAAAAUUAAGGAAGGAAAACACCAUUUUUAAAACGAUCCACCUUUUCAUGGCCGAGACGGAUGUUAGUCUACGGUGCUGCCUCGUGCUGUCGAGCCUCUGGAAUGAGACCGCUGUGCAAUGACCAUUUCUGACUUGCUGUGGGAUGCUCACAAGUACCCUUCCUGUCUCGUUAGUAUUGGAAUCAAGACUUUAUUUGGAAUCUAUACAGCAGUGUUCCUCCACUGUGUUUCAUUUGCAAAAGUAGAGAACAUGCCUUCUCCACCCUUUUGCAAAUAAUUGAUGCUCCAUAUUGGAUUCUCAAAAGACUUCGAUAUGGUGAUCCUGUCAAACCUAGAAAUUGUAUUAUCUUUCCAUACCUGACUUCCCCGUUUCUCCUGUUUUAGAGGAAACAGCACACUUUCGGUUACGGACACAGUCUCCAUUUCUAGAGUAUGUGUUGAAGCCAUUCAAGGAGAUAGCAGGCUCAGCCAGACUCACCCGUGGUUCUCCCCGCCUGUCCUGCCAUGGUGACCAUGGGGAGAGAAAAACAAUCUGUUGUGUGUCUGGGAAACAGCUACAUAAGACUUUUUUUUUUUUAACAACUCUGUAACACUUCUGAGUUUUGUUCUAAUUUUACAGAAAACAAGACCACAAUGAUAAAGCAGAAGACCACGAGGUUUGUGGCUGAAUCUUAGGGUCACCUGACCUUUCCUGGCCAACAGGCCUACAUGGCCAAAUUAAUUUACAAGAGUAAUAAUUUCUUCAGAAGCCAAUUUUUUUUCUGUAUUUCUGUACAAAACUGCCAAUUAUCAUGAACAGAAGGGGAGAACCAUAAAGGAGAAAGAAAAUGAUGUUCUGUGGUGUUUGCAUUAGCCUAAAGCAGCUGUGUGGAGAUGACUCCAUCAGCCGGGCUCCGGGGACUUGGUGUUGCUUGGGAGGGGUCCAUACAGCAUUUUGCGUUCUUCAUGUGUAAUCAUAUUGCCAAAGACAAACUACUUCAUCAUUUAUUGUAAAUAACACUUCCCCAGACCUACCAUAAAGUUUCUGUGAUGUAUUGUCUUCCAGUUGCAAUAAAAUUACUGAGUUGCAUCAA